UGUUAAACUCGCAUUACAGUCACGUUUAUAGUCAUCAGCCGACCGUUCGUACGGACGUUAUACACGCGCGCGCGUCCUCGUCUUCGCCGUCGUCGUCGUAAUAAUAAUAAUAAUAAUAACAGUGUAAUAUUAUUCUCUCUCACUCUGCACCGCGUUGGAGCGUUCGCGUGUUUUAUCGUCGUGCCUAUACGGUUUUUUUUUUCACCAUCAAUUAUUUUUCUACCAUCUCAAACCGCGCAGCGUGUGUCCAGACGUCUCUAUCGCUGCACAAAAUUUUUUUUCGGCCUAUAUAGUGUCACGAUAAUUCCGAGUGUUGCUUUGCCUCCUCGUCUUCGUUUCCCGACACAGAAUACGAAAAUAUAAUAUUAUAAUAUCGUACAGUGUUUGCCCAUCGUCGUCGUACGAGCCGUGCGCUAAGGGUGGUUUCGCGUCGUCCGCGGGCGCGCGCGAGUGUGUGUCGCGCGCGUGAGAUGCGUCGUCGUCAUCCGUCGUCGUCCGUUGUCGUUAUUCGCACCGGUGUGACGCGAUCCGUGUGAGAUGUUGAUGAUGAUGGACUGCAGCAACAGGAAGCCGCCGGCGGACCUGUCAUCAUCCGGCGUGGUCGUAGCGGCUGUGUCGUCGCCGGAGCUGGCGGUUUCUGGCACGUGGCACCCCCACGUGUACGGCAACCCCCCCAGGACGCCAACUGCCCACAACGUGGCUGAUAUACUCGGAUGGACCAAGGCAGGCCCCGAUGAACAGCCCCUAAACCUGUCGACGGCCAAGCGGCCAAACGGCACCGUGCUGGACUUGACCAAGAUCAAACGCAAAGCAGACGUAAUACCCACGACUGCAGUGUUGCUGAACAACAACAACAACCACAACAUCAACAACAACGGCAGUCAUCUCCUACAACAGCAUCACCAUCAACAGCACCUUAAUCAUUAUCACCAUCAGCAGCAGCAGCAUCAUCACCUUCAGUCGUUGCCGACUACCACGCACAAUAAUGUCAUGACGGCCGCGGCGACCGUGGCCACGGCAACGACAAUGGUAGCGGCCACGGCCACGGUCACGGCGACGGUCGCUCCGCCACCGGUGCGGAAGAAGUCGCGGAAGGAUGUGCCGCCGUCGUCGUCGCCGGGUCUGCUGGUGAGCUCUUCUUCCGGUUCGCCGGCCGGUCAGCAGGCCGGGGAGAGCGACGGCGGACACUCGUCCGACGGUUGCGGUGACCGGAAGCGGAAGAAGGCUCGGACCACGUUCACCGGUCGGCAGAUAUUCGAGCUGGAGAGGCAGUUCGAGCUGAAAAAGUACCUCUCGUCGUCCGAGCGAUCCGAAAUGGCGAAAAUGUUGGGCGUCACCGAGACACAGGUGAAGAUCUGGUUCCAGAACAGACGGACAAAGUGGAAGAAACACGACACCGUGACGACGACGGAAUCCACGGACCCGACCACGGCUGCGGCGUCGGCGGGACUCGGAGGCGGCGGCGGGCUGGCCAAGUGCUCGCCGAAGGCUGCGGCCAGCGUCAAGUUUCUCAGCGAGGGUGAUGACCACUCGUCAUUGGAAGACUCGGAAAGCUGCUACAGCAGCGUGGACGCGGCCGAGUCCAAGGUGGUCACGGCCAGGACGCCCGAGUCGUUGCCGCCCACGUCGCCGACCACAGACAACGAGACAGCGGCCACGGCCACUACGACGACCGCCAUGGCUAGGGCGCCCAGUUAGAGGGAAAACCCCAAUGCGUUUUUCUUAAAAUACUAUAAAAUAUGAUAAUGAUCAAAUAAACGAACGGACGAUCGCUGUUGGAUAUUAUUAUAUUA